AUGGGAGAUGUAGACAGAUUCUCUGACGCGUCAAGUGUUUUCAUUCCCCAGCCGUGCAUCGCCAAUGUCUCCGCCAAAAAAUUAGGCUACCAAUACCAACCGUUCCAGGACAAUGUGUCUAUUAGAAUAUUUACCCUGCCCCCCGGGCAACCAUCUGAACCACUGAGAGGAACACUGGAAGCUAUUCAGAUCGAUGAGAUAGGAAGCUACGAGGCGAUAUCAUAUGUCUGGAAGGAAGACGGCCCGCCAAAUUGCAAAUACGAGAUUGUGAUCAAUACCGAUGAUGAUGAAGAGAGACUUUUAGAACUGACAGAAGGGGGAAAUAUCUUUGCAGCGCUCAGGCGCAUCCGUCUUCCGGAUCGAGGGCGCCGCAUCUGGGCCGACCAAAUCUGUAUCAACCAAAACGAUUUAGAUGAAAGAAGCCAGCAGGUGCAAUUUAUGAACAGGAUUUACAAAGAUGCGUCCCACGUCCUGGUCUGGCUUGGACUCGACAGCAAUGGAGAAGCCAUUUCAGCGUUCUCUUUGAUACACAAUCUACACCAAACGCUCCAAAACGCCGGUGGUGAGUCUUACGCCCGGCUCGCAGAUGACCUGGAACAGGAAGUAAAGAAGAACAAAAAGGCGUUGCAAAGUUUGACCAAUCGCAAAUGGUUUAAACGUGGUUGGAUCGUACAAGAGAUCGGAACCGCUGCACCUGCUACAAUGUUCUGGGGCGAUGCAGAGAUUGACUGGAAGAUAUUGCAUAGCGUUUGUGAAUCACUCACGGACUAUCACCAUCUUCGUAAAGAGCUAAAUAUCAACACCUCCGACAUCAAGUUCUUGUUCCAGAGAUUUAUUGAGCCGGACGCAACUAGCCACCACGCAAACCGAUUCAACUUUAUAUAUGAGCUUCAUCGAGCACGCAGCUUAAACUUUACUAACGACAGAGACCGCAUCUUUGCCUUUCUCGGCCAUUAUUCUCUCACUUCGGCCGACUUCUUCAACUCUGAGCUUGCGUCAAUCACACCCAAUUAUUCGAUGUCUGUGGAGCAGGUUUACACUGACUUGGCUAAGCGGUCGCUGAAGGGAAGCAAAGGGGAUUCAGCUUUGAUAACAUUGGCAGCCGUGCAGCACCUUGUCGGGAGUCUACCAUCUCGUGAUGGGCCGGCAUUGCCUCAUGCCAGUGGACUGCCGUCUUGGGUGCCAGAUUGGAGGACUUAUCAAGGCUUCAUUCUCUCAGAGCCCAUCAAUCCGCAUCGUGCUCAUGGUUCUUCAAUGCCAAAACUCCAGAUUGACGACGACUCCGCUCUACUUCGCAUCCACGGCGUGUAUGUCGACACAAUUGAAGCGUGCUCCCCGCCGUUGAAGAACAAAGACUUUCACGGCAAAAGUCACAUGAUAGAGUUCCUCUGGAACGAGAUUUGCCAGAAGAAGAGCUUCAAUCUAGAUGAUGAAUAUCGCAAUGGCGAAGAUAAAGCUUUCUUUGCAUUCAUGCAAACUCUUAGCAAUGGCUGCGUACAGAUUGCUGGACGAGAGGGGAUCCCAUACAACGAGAUCCCAGCCUCUAGGUGGCUUGAACAGGCAGCCAUGUACCUCGUUGGAGCACUCGGAGACUUAAGUGCCGUUUCAUUAGAGAUACAGGAACUCGCAGCUGAGGCCAAGCGCAAGCAUGAGAAGGAGGAGUGGAGCCGUUCGGCUAAUGGGGCGUCGAAGAAUCGCAUCUUUGCGCGAACGGAGAGCGGAUAUUAUGUUCUUGGGCCGGCGGUCAUGAAGAAGGGCGAUGUUAUAUGCGUCUUGUUUGGUGGAAAGCUGCCGUUCUGUUUACGACCCAUUGGAAAGCAGUAUCUGUUUGUUGGAGAAUGUUAUGCCCAUGGCUUGAUGAAAGGAGAGGCGCUGGAUAUGAUGGACUGUGGAGAACUUUCCGAGAAGGAGUUUGAGAUUGUGUAA